AUGAUUUUACGUGUCUUUUUCCUGGCUUUCGUGCUGGACCUAUCUAUCAACGGCUACUACUUGAUACUGGUGAUGAGCAUUCUAUACCUCAUGCGCUUGGAUGAGCUCAUGAAGAGGGUUUGGCAAGCCAGAGGGGCGCCUGGCGCUGCUAUCGGUGCUCGCCCUUCUCUAGAUGUGCAGCUGAAUAGGUUGGAUCGAUUACGUGAACGGAGGGCGAAGCGAGAUGAGCUGAUUCAGCAGGAGAAGGAGAAACGCGCUGCUGCAGUGAGGGAAAAAAUACAGGAGCGGGGAGAGAUCACAGAGGAGACAGGGAUGGAGAUGCAGAUCUACGAGGAACUGUAUGGCUCGUCGCCAACACCAGAAGAGAUAAUAGACGCCUCAUUGAGACCGCAGCAUAAGAAAGACAUCGUGGCGAG